CUGUGCGAGCACUCAACGACAAUAUUCGAUCUUACCUGUUUUCCGUGUUCUACUGCUCAGCAUAGCGUUCCAAAAUCCGAUCGCGCACCACUAGUAAGGAGGCCCCUCUACUAAAUUCUUAUUACCACAAAUCCACUUUCGAGUAAGAAUCAAGAAUCCUCCUUGGAACAUCAACAACAAUAAAUAUCACCUUCCUCGUCCUCUGUAACCAGGGUCUGAUAUCAUUGUCACCUUGUUUUACAUAGCCUCUGGCCGAUCUCCAAGUUAUUUAGUGCCUCGAUUCCCAUCUUCUUCCUAGCUCGCUCAUCUUCCGCUCAUCAUUCCCAUUAAUGUCCAAGACAGACAUAUCUAGUCUCUAGAAAUGCAGUCUCUCCUUCUUGUACGGAUGCUGGUGGCACUGUUUAUAGCGUCGAGCGCUGCACAAGACUUCACACCAUCGAUUUAUUGGAAAAACCCUAACAUCACGUCGUCUAAGGACGACCGCAUUAGCAUUGCAAGCGCUGCUCUAGAACAAGCGGUUAGCAUGCUCCGGCCCAAUGGGCAAUUCAACGACACCACAUACGAAACGGCUGGCAGGCUUUACGCACAAAUGGCCGAACUUGAUAGACUGACAAACCAAACCAAGUACAAGCAAACGUUGAAACAGUGUUUCGCACUCGCAGAGUCAGUCAGGUCUGAAUUUUUGAAUCAGUUGAAUUAUGGAUACGCUGCGGCUCGGGCUUACGCCAUUUAUCAAGACCAAGACUUCCUCGAUCUGGCCGUGAUAUCAUGGACUUCUGCGAGGCGAUUCACAUUAUCUCAGGAGCAAAUUGCUUCGGGCACCACAUAUGUUAAGGAAUUCAAUCUCUCAACCUCGUGUCAAGGCGCGACGAUGGCGGGUGGCACUUAUUACGUGAAUCACUUUUUACAUCCACAUCUCGUUAAUUAA